CAUAACCUGCCUGGCUGCCUUCAUUUCCGUUCAUAAAUGACAAGCUAUCCUUCAUAUCCUCUCUAUUCCUCUAUUCCCUCCCUUUUCUUGGCCUCAUUCUGCAUCUGGCUGCCUUACUUCUUCCUUCCUACUCCACAAUUAUCGAGCUGGGUCCUUGCACCUCGCUAUCCCUUUCAUCUCGAUCCCCCCGUCCUAUCUCUACCGGUCUUCUCCCACCUCCCGACAACUUCUACUCCUCUUACCUCCCCCCCUCCUCAGCUCGACUUCACCUGCCAAACCCACGUCGUCGACCUCCUGUCAAACCUUCCUCUCUCGUGGUUUAUGCCGCUGUGAAGGGUCGUCACGUCGUAGCUCGCGACCGACGGGAAAAGGAACAAAAGGAAGGAGACCGAACGAGUGUCAAUGACCAGUCUCAAUCCACGGCCAUUUUAGCUCUUUACUCUUGUCCGCCCCCCUCUGCGCCUUCCUCGAAACCUCGACGACGCAGAAGUUCACACGGGGUAUCUACGACUCCGAUCUCUCAUUCCUUUCACCCCAUCACGGACUCGAUUCGAUUGAUCCUCUACGCGUCUCUCUUGGCCCCAACACCACCUGCGCCACUACGUUGACGUCGGUUUCCAAAUCUCGAACUACAAUCGAGGUUCUAAUACACCCUCACAACUACAAUCCGUCCCGUCAGACCUUAUUCAAUUAAGGCUGCCCUAAACACCGCAAAAUCACCUCACCCAUGACCACAAUGCCUCGUCAGGGUAUUAAAAAUCCAUUUGCGAGCACUGCCACUUCGACGGUUACGGCCCCAGCAGCAGCUGAGAAGCCGGCCGCACGAAGAAACUCCUUCGCGAAGGCGUCGAGAUUAACACAUUUCUUCUCGGGCACCCCCAAGAGCAAGGAGCAACAAUCCGCUCAGUCCGCCUUGUUGGCUGCAGCAGCUGCGCAACAACAGUACCUCCUGAACAACCCGUCACCUUCCAUCAACGCCUCGAACGUCUCCCUACCGACAAUCUCUCUAUCCGCAGUCGAGGACGAAGAAGCCACAAUGGAGGAGCCAGCAACCACAUUAUUCCAGCCGCCGUCGGCCGCGGAAGCCAAGCGUCAGGCUCGUGUCGAAGCCCAGUUCGGUCCGCUCGUCCACCAAUCGCAUAGAUAUGUCAGCCAGCAUAUGGGCGAAGAGCUGGAAGAGCCAGUGAUGGACGAGCCGCCGUACUACUACCUCCUUACCACAUAUCUCAGUUACUUAAUUCUCAUCGUCUUUGGACACGUCCGGGAUUUCUUCGGAAAGCGCUUCCGCCCGCUCCAUUACAAGCACCUCAAGUCUGCCAACGGUUACGCUGCCCUCAACAGCGAUUUCGACAACUUCUAUGUGCGCCGUCUGAAGAUGCGUAUUAACGACUGUUUCUCUCGCCCAACCACUGGAGUUCCGGGCCGUUACAUCACUCUGAUCGACCGCAAGUCGGACGACUUCAACCAGACCUUCCAGUUCACCGGAACAUUCACCGAGACGUUGAACAUGAGUUCCUACAAUUAUCUUGGUUUUGCCCAGUCUGAGGGCCCCUGUGCGGAUGCCGUCGAGGAGACUGUCAAGAAGUACGGAAUCAGCGUCGCCAGUCCAAGAGCAGAUGCUGGAACGUCUGACUUGGUCAUCGAAGUCGAACGCGAGAUUGCGAAGUUUGUUGGCAAGCCAGACGCGAUGGUUUUCUCUAUGGGAUUCAGCACGAAUGCCACGACUUUCCCGGCUUUGGUUGGCAAGGGCUGCCUGAUCAUCUCGGACGAGCUCAACCACGCAUCUAUCCGUAUUGGCGCUCGCCUUUCGGGUGCCAUGAUUAGCAGCUUCAAGCACAACGACAUGAAGGAUCUGGAACGCCUACUUCGCGAAGUUAUCUCUCAAGGACAGCCAAGGACUCACCGCCCGUGGAAGAAGAUUCUCGUCGUUGUCGAGGGUCUCUACUCGAUGGAGGGAACCAUGUGCAACCUGCCUGGUCUCCUGAAACUGAAGAAGCGCUACAAGUACAACCUGUUUGUCGAUGAGGCUCACUCUAUCGGUGCUCUCGGACCAAAGGGACGCGGUGUCUGCGACUUCUUUGGUAUCGAUCCUGCCGAGAUUGAUAUUCUCAUGGGUACAUUGACCAAGUCCUUCGGCGCCAACGGUGGAUACAUCGCUGGUGAGAAGAACAUCAUCGCCAAGCUCCGCGCGACCAACUCUGCCACAAUCUACGGAGAAUCUCCCUCUCCACCUGUCCUGACGCAGAUUCUCAGCGCACUCCGUAUCAUCACUGGUGAGCUCGUACCUGGCCAGGGCGAGGAGCGUCUCCAGCGUAUCGCAUUCAACUCUCGCUACCUCCGCUUAGGAUUGAAGCGCCUCGGCUUCAUUGUCUACGGCCACGACGACUCCCCCAUCAUCCCCGUGCUCCUGUACAACCCCGCCAAGAUGCCCGCCUUCUCGCACGAAAUGCUCCGUCGCAAGAUCUCUGUCGUUAUCGUCGCCUACCCCGCCACCCCGCUCAUAUCCUCGCGUGCUCGCUUCUGCGUCUCCGCCGCCCACAACAAGGACGACAUGGACCGCAUCCUCGCCGCCUGCGACGAGGUCGGAAACGUCCUCCAGCUCAAGUUCUCGAGCGGCGUCGCUGGUGGCGCGGAGAACCUCGCUGAUGGCGUCACCCCCGAGAUGGAGCGCGAGUGGCUCAAGGCGAAUGGCGCGAAGGCCGUCGUCAAGCCGCCGCGCUGGGGCCUGCGCGAGGUCGUCGCGAAUGGCGUCAAUGAUGUCAAAAACCCUCUGAGAUAAACGAUCGGGCUUGCCCGAAACUAGCUUUGUUUUUGAUGCAUAGGCUUGCGUUUUGUGAUGUUAAUUUUUUUUGUACAAAUACCACAAUCGUUCGGAUAUCUAUCUUCGCUUCUUGCGCGAGUGAGCGCUGCAUGGUUCCGGCAUUCCCACCCUUCCUGUCGCUGCCUUCUUGCUCUCUCUCUUCUGAGCGGGGGCAUGCAGACGUGGGGUUAGGGACGCUACGUGGAACCCCGGAGCAAGCUCGUGCGCCCCUUCUGGACAGGGACGCCUUUUUACUUCUUCGAAAUGAUACUAUUAGACUUUUGGGCCCUACAUUCGCUGCGGAUUUGUCUUGUUCUGCGUGGCUCCUUUUUUUUUUUUACUUCAGGUGUGUCGGGUGCUGGAAGAUGGUGUUUUGGGCGGAUGAGGGAAAGGCGGGAUUGGGUGUUUGGUGGGUGUGUGGGAGUGGUGUUUAUGAUGUGUUGUGUCUGUGUUGAGUAGGUGUGACAGGUCGGGUGG